AUGUCUGUGCUCAGGCGGGUGAUGCGGAUCUCCAAUCGCUCCCUCCUCGCCUUCAUCUUCUUCUUCUCCCUUUCCUCGUCUUGUCUCUACUUCAUCUAUGUGGCUCCGGGCAUCGCCAACACGUAUCUCUUUAUGGUACAAGCUCGAGGUAUAAUGUUGAGAGAAAAUGUGAAAACAAUAGGACAUAUGAUCAGGCUGUACACAAAUAAAAACAGUACACUCAAUGGUACAGAUUAUCCUGAAGGUAAUAAUUCAAGCGAUUAUCUUGUUCAAACGACGACGUAUCUUCCAGAAAACUUCACAUAUUCACCAAACCUCCCCUGCCCAGAAAAGCUGCCUUACAUGCGGGGAUUCCUCGAUGUCAAUGUAAGUGAGGUCAGUUUUGAUGAAAUUCAUCAACUCUUCUCCAAGGAUUUAGAUAUUGAGCCAGGAGGUCACUGGAGGCCUAAGGACUGUAAACCCAGGUGGAAGGUGGCAGUUCUCAUUCCUUUCCGUAAUCGCCAUGAACAUCUUCCAAUUUUUUUCUUGCACCUGAUUCCAAUGCUCCAGAAACAGCGGCUGGAAUUUGCCUUUUAUGUCAUUGAACAGGACCAUGUAUUUGAUAGUGUGUGGGUUGGAUCUAGAAACAUCUUCACCACAUAUGAAGUAGAAGAAGUUCACUAUGCUGGAUAUAAUGUAACCAGACCAGAGGGAGACUUAGGAAAAUACAAGUCUAUUCCUCAUCACCAUCGAGGUGAAGUCCAGUUUUUAGGACGGUAUAAAUUACUAAGGUAUUCUAAAGAGCGUCAGUACAUCGAUGGGUUGAACAAUUUAAUAUAUAGGCCAAAAAUACUGGUUGAUAGGUUGUAUACAAAUAUAUCUGUAAACCUCAUGCCAGAGUUAGCUCCAAUUGAAGACUAUUAA